CUCACUCGACCGUUCCUCUCAAAAUUUUCAAAAACUCAAUUUUUUCGAAUCUCUCAAAAAAAGGAAUUUUCCGGCGUUCAAAUCGAUAAAAAAAUCAAAUCUCCGGUGAUAAUGGGUUGCGUCUCAUCUAACCUCCUAAACCACGACGAAGACUUCUCUCAAAUCGGCGGUGGAAGCUCCGCCUUCGGUCACCACAUCGUCAAACUAACCUCCACCACUUAUGGUCUUCUCACACUCGAUCCUCCUCCUCCUCCUUCUCCUCCUAUGACGCCGCCGGAGAAAUUCACAGUCGAUACAAAAUCUAAGUCAAUAUGGUCUGAGCCAAGGGUGAUAAAGUCGGAACCGGAGAUUAUUAACUCUUGGGAGUUAAUGUCUGGUCUCGACGGAGAGAGUUUCCGAUUCACGCCACUUCCUAAGACUCCGGUGAAGUAUAAAGUGUUUGGUGGAGAGAACAAAGAGAAUUCAGAUCCUAGUCGGAGAAACCCUAGAAAAAACUUGAACGACGAGGUUUUGAAACCGCUAGAUCUGAACAGAGAGGAUUCGGAUUCUAAUUCGAGAAGCCCUAGAAAAUCGUUUAAACCGUUAGAUUUGAAAUUGGAUGAGAAAUUUGAGAGGAUUUGUCCACCAGGAGGAGAGAAUCGUGUGGUGAUGUACACGACGUCGUUGCGAGGUGUUCGUCAAACGUUUGAGGCGUGUAACGCUGUGAGAGCGGCGGUGGAGAGUUUUGGUGUUGUGGUUUGCGAGAGAGAUGUGUCGAUGGAUAGAAGGUUUAGAGAAGAGCUUGUGAGUCUAAUGGCGAAGAGAGUUGGGGAUGAGGGAGUGGCUGCAUUGCCGCCUCGGGUUUUUGUGAAGGGAAGGUACAUUGGUGGAGGAGAGGAAGUGUUGAGACUAGUUGAGGAAGGUUCUUUCGGAGAGCUGAUCAGCGGGAUUCCGAGAAAGAAAGCGGGAGGAUGCGAGAGCGGCGCGUGUGAUGGUUGCGGCGGUUUGUUUUUCUUGCCGUGUUUUCGGUGUAAUGGAAGCUGUAAGAUGGUGAAAGGAUGGGGUAGUGCUUCGGUGGUUGUGAGAUGUAAUGAGUGUAAUGAGAAUGGUCUUGUUCCAUGUCCUAUUUGCAGUUGA